AUGGGUGCUUUUGCGCAGUGCCCGUGGCCGAUAUGGCGGGUUGACGACCUGCUGCCGUGCUUCCAGACAGACUACCUCAAGAUCCUGCUACCGUUAAUAGUGAUUGGCAUCUCCUUUGCUCGCAUCGCCUGGGACAACGUCCCGCGCCUGGUCGCCAGCCACAGGGCCAAGGGCUACAAGCCUGUGCCCAAUGGUCACACCGCAGCCGAAGACCACACCGGCCUCCCGCCGGACGCCGCCGAGAGCGACACGGAAGACGAUGGCGACCUCGAGAUCAACGGCGGCCGCCUGGCCCUCGCCAAGACGAUGAGCAGAGGCUCCCUGGUCCAGGCCGAUACCCCAACUGGCCAGCGCUUGUCGCAGGCUGUCGAAGAGCUCGCCAUCGUCGCUCUCGUCAUCGUCAAUGUUAUUGCUCUCAUCUCUGGCGCGUACCGAUACCAGCGCGGCACUCUUGCCGCCAUUGUUGGUCUCGUUACCUGGGUCUAUGUCCUCAUUCUGGCCUCGCUCCGACUCUUCCUCGGCACCUCCAAGUGGCGCGUCCCCCACCUCUGGAACCACACGGCUGCCAUCUACGGCCUCAGCUGGGUCUUCAACAUCUUUAUUUUCCGCUCGGCCAUGAUCCACCCGAGCAGCCGAAUGGCUCAGAUCCUCGUCAUCAUCGAGUUCGCCCUCAUCACCCUACUCUUCGCCAUGGCCGUGACGACUAGGAAGGGGAACAAGACGGUCCUGUUGGAGUGGGAGGAUGGCAUUGAGCCGUCGCGCGAGCCGCUCGCCAGUCUUUUCUCCUUGGCCACCUUUGCUUGGGUCGACGCCAUUGUGUACCAGGGCUGGAAGAAGUCCCUGGAGCUGGAAGACGUCUGGAACCUCCUGCCCAAGGACAAGGCAGCCGCCGUCAUCGCCGACUACAGACAGCUCAAGAAGACGGGUGCUCUCACGUGGCACCUGCUCAAGUUUUUCAAGGGCAUGCUUUUCUACCAGUGCUUCCUCGCCUUCCUCUCCGGCCUCUUCACUUUCGCGCCCACGCUGUUGCUCAGGGCCAUUCUCGAGUACGUCGAGGAGCCCGACAUGGCGCCCAUCAACGUCCUGUGGCUUUACGUCAUUGGCAUGCCCGUUCUCGACACCAUUCGAUCGUUUGCCGACGGCAUGGCUCUUUGGACCGGUCGAAAGAUCUGCAUCCGCGUCCGAGCCAUCAUCAUCGGCGACAUUUACGCAAAGGCGCUGCGUCGCAAGGCCGCCUCUGGCAAAGAAAAGGUCCUGCUCGGCGACAAGCCUGCGCAAGCCAAGAAGAGCGACUCGGACGGCGACAGCACCACGGCGGCCAAGAUCAAGAACGCCCUCGGUCUCGGCAGCAAGAAGAAGAAGAAUACGGACAGCGACUCCGAGUCUGCCAACACCGUUCCCACCGAGGAGGAGAUCGCCAAGCUUGGCGACGACGAACAGGCCAAUCUGGGCACCAUCAUCAACCUCAUGUCCGUGGACAGCUUCAAGGUGUCUGAGGUGACCGCGUAUCUGCAUUUCCUCUGCGCCGCGGCCCCUACGCAGCUCGUCAUCUCCGUCGUGCUCCUGUGGCAGGUCAUGGGACUGAGUGCCAUUCCCGGCCUGGUCGUCAUGGCCUUCCUGCUGCCCAUCAACUACUUCCUCGCGAGAGGCUUCAACAUCACAUCCAAGAACAUCAUGAAGGCAACGGACAAGCGCAUCAACGUCACCAACGAGGUGCUUCAGAACAUCCGAAUCAUCAAGUACUUUGCCUGGGAGGAGCGAUUCGGUCGCAUCAUCGACGAGAAGCGACGAGCCGAGCUCAACGCGCUCCGCUCCCGUUUCAUCCUCUGGGCAUGCGCCGUCGCCAUCUGGAACUCGGUUCCUGUUCUCAUCACCUUCUUCUCCUUCCUCGUCUACACGCUCAUCGAGAAGAAGCCUCUGUAUCCGUCCAUCGCCUUCACCGCCAUCUCGCUCUUCAUGCUCCUGCGUGUCCCCCUCGACCAGCUCGGCGACAUGUUCGCCCACGUGCAGGAGGCCAAGGUUUCGGUCGACCGUGUCGAGGAGUUCCUCAACGAAGAAGAGACUGAAAAGUACGACCAGCUGGGUCUCGACAACGUCGACGAGGAUGGCGUCAAGCGAAUUGGGCUCAGGGACGCGACACUCAUCUGGGGCGGCAAGGACUCGGUCGGCGAGGACGGCUCUCGAGCCUUCCAGCUGCUCGACAUGAACAUCGACUUUAAGAUUGGCAAGCUCAACAUCAUUGCAGGCCCCACAGGAUCCGGCAAGACGUCCUUGCUGAUGGGUCUGUUGGGUGAGAUGACUCUGGUGGACGGCCGUGUCUUCUGUCCCGGUGGUCGCAGCCGCGAGGAAGUCCGCCCUGACCCGGAGACGGGUCUCGCCGACACCAUCGCCUACGUCGCGCAGGCGGCCUGGUUGGUCAAUGCCAACAUCCGAGACAACAUUCUCUUUGCGGCACCAUAUGACGAGCAGCGGUAUAGGGACGUCAUUGUCGCUUGUGCUUUGGAGCGCGACUUGGAGAUUCUGGACCACGGCGACGAGACGCUGGUGGGCGAAAAGGGCAUCACUCUUUCCGGCGGACAGAAGCAGCGCAUCUCGCUCGCACGCGCGCUGUACUCCAACUCGGCACACGUGCUUAUGGACGACUGCCUGAGCGCCGUCGACUCGCACACGGCCCAGUGGAUCUUCACCAACUGCAUCAAGGGCCCGCUCAUGAGGGGCAGGACGUGUGUCCUCGUCACUCACAACGUCUCCCUGUGCGUGCCAUCAGCGGACUUUGUCGUUCUCCUGGACAAUGGCCGAGUCGCUGCACAGGGACCCGCCCAAGAACUGAUCGACUCUGGCAAGUUUGGCGAGGACAUUCAAAAGUCCAGGCCUCCAUCGGCGUGCGGCUCCCGUGUUCCCAGCCGCGUGCCGUCAAGCGUCGGUGACGCGGAGACGAUGGUUAACAGCAACGGCGAUGCUCUCGACGGGCUGUCUAAGAAGAUCAAGUCCAAGAAGCCUCAGAUCGACGCCAUGGACGAAGGCAAGGCCACCGGUGCCGUCAAGUGGCCCGUCAUGAAGAUCUAUCUCAAGUCUAUGGGACCAUGGUGGUUCUGGGUCGUCACGGUCGUAGUGUUCAACCUGCAGCAGCUCGCGACCGUCGCCACCAACGUCUGGGUGCGAGAGUGGGCCAACAAGUAUGUCGAGGAAGACACGCAAAACGUCGCCGUGAGCUCUGCCGCUCAUGGAUAUGGCGUCCAGUCGUUUGCCAAGGGCACGUGGGCUACCGUUGCGCGACUGGGUGGCAACGGAUCGGGAGAAGCCAUGGCUGCUGUAACGAACGGCCAGGUGCCCAUGUCCACGCCGGCGUAUCCUGACGUCAACCUGGGUUACUACCUCGCCGGACUGGCCAUCAUCGGUACCGCUGGCGCUCUCGCGGCCUUUAUCAGGGACAUCUGGAUAUUUUUCGGAUCGCUGUCGGCGUCGAAGCGCCUCCACGACCGGCUGAUGUCUGCCGUGACGCGGGCCAAGUUCAAGUUCUUUGACGUGACGCCGCUCGGCCAGCUGAUGAACCGCUUCAGCAAGGAUCUCGAGGCUGUCGACCAGGAAAUCUCGCCCGUGGCGAUUGGCGUCAUGUCGUGUGCGCUGUCGCUGGUUGUUACGGUCGUUUUGAUCGCCAUCAUCACGCCAGGCUUCCUGAUCGCGGCCGUCUUCAUCGCUGGGCUGUUCUACCUUGUGGCCACGUUCUACCUGCGGGCGUCGCGCGACCUGAAGCGUCUCGAGUCGGUGCAGCGCAGCCCGCUGUUCCAGCAGUUUGGCGAGACGCUCAGCGGUAUGACGACGAUCCGCGCCUACGGCGACGAGCGACGCUUCAUCCGGGACAACCUGCACAAGGUCAACACGCAGAGCCGGCCGUUCAUCUACCUGUGGGCCUGUAACAGAUGGCUCGCCCUCCGCGCGGACGCCCUGGGCAACACGGUGUCGUUUGCCGCGGGCGUCUUCAUCAUCCUGAGCCUGGGCAAGGUGGACGCCGGCGCGGCGGGUAUCUCGCUCAGCUACGCCAUGAACUUUACCGAGAACAUUCUGUGGCUGGUGCGUCUGUAUGGCAUGAACGAGCAAAACAUGAACGCCAUGGAGCGAGUCAAGGAGUACCUCGACCUGGAGCAGGAGGCGCCGCCGGUGCUCGAGGACAGCCGGCCGCCGGCGUCGUGGCCGGACAAGGGCAACGUCGAGUUCGUCAAGUACACGACGCGGUACCGCAGCGACCUGGAGCCGGUGCUCAAGAACAUCUCGCUCAAGAUCAACGCGCGGGAGAAGGUGGGCAUCGUGGGCCGGACGGGAGCGGGCAAGAGCUCGCUGGCACUGGCCAUCUUCCGGGCGCUGGAGGCGGAGAAGGGCAAGAUUGUGAUUGACGGCAUCGAUAUCGGGACGAUUGGGCUGCGAGACCUGCGCGACAACAUCACCAUCGUGCCACAGGACCCGACGCUGUUCAUGGGGACGAUCCGGACCAACCUGGACCCGUUCGACCAGUACACGGACGAGCAGAUGUUCGAGGCGCUGCGGCGGGUGCAGCUGAUUGGGCCGGACGAGCCGUCGACGGUGCCGCCGACGCCGGUGGUGCAGGUGGCGGGAGGGUCGCUGGCGGGCCGGUCGCCGGCGCCGUCGGUGGUGACGAACAAGAACAUCUUCCUGGACCUGGCGUCGCCGGUGGCAGAGUCGGGGUCGAACCUGUCGCAGGGGCAGCGGCAGCUGCUGUGCCUGGCGCGGGCGAUGCUGAAGAAGCCGACGGUGCUGGUGAUGGACGAGGCGACGGCGUCGAUCGACUACAGCACGGACUCGAAGAUCCAGGACACGAUCCGGGAGAUGACGGGGACGGUGAUUACGAUUGCGCACCGGCUGCAGACGAUUGUGGACUACGACAAGGUGCUGGUGCUGGACAAGGGCGAGGUGGUGGAGUUUGGGCACCCGUGGGAGCUCAUCAGCGACGUCGAGGGCUCGUUCCGCAGCAUGUGCGAGAUGAGCGGCGAGCUGGAGGUGCUGCUCAAGGCGGCCAAGAAGAAGUGGGACGAGGGGCGGCUGGUGGACGUCGAGGCUUGA